CUACACCCUCUUUUGUCUUUAAUACAGAAGGCACUGAAAAUGCUUUUCAUUUUAUUCACCUUUUGACGUAUACCAAAGAUGGAUCUGAACAUCUUCAUUAUCCUACUUUUAUCUCUUAUUGCUGGAGGACACUCGCUCAAAUGUUAUCAGUGUGUAAAUGUGACAGUGACAGGUUCUUGUACAGGCGUAGCGACGACAUGUCCCACAGCAAACUAUACCACCUGUAUGAGUGCAACCAGUAUUUCAACUUUGGCUGGUGUUACGUCUACCUCUAAACUUAAGGGCUGUUAUAUACCACAGUACUGUGGAAAUGUAUCUAUAAAUGUUGGCGUUUCAAAGACAGUGGUGUCUAUGCAGUGCUGCAACACAGACCUGUGCAAUAGCCAAGAUGUCCCAGAUUCCAGCUCUAACAGCCCCAAUGGAAAACAAUGUUACUACUGUGAUGAGAAGAGUUGCUCAAACAAAUUAAGCUGUGUAGGAAAUGAAGACUCCUGCAUUACAGCACCAGCAAAUAUUACAUCUCUGCCACCGAUUGUAAAAGGAUGCGCCUCUAAAAUUAUCUGUGAUGCUGCAUCACAUGUGCCUCAAGGGUACGGGCAAAUCUCAUGCUGUCAGGGGAAUUUGUGUAACAGUGCUGUGAGCGUCACUACUCAAAACCUCCUCUUUCUCUUAUGGCCGUUCAUCUUCUACAUCCUGAUCCACUGAAUUCAGCAGAACUUCACACUCUUUUUCUAAAUCCCCUAAAAAAUAUGAACCCCAAAGGGAAAUAUUGGUAUUGUGCCAAAAAAGUGCUUAUUAGUACCUCCAAGUUAUGUAUACAUAUCUGUACCUAAGGGUAUAUAUUAGAAAUUUUUACAAGGGUACUGCCCCAGUGACAGGUGGGGUACAUAUUUUGAAAAUUUUUUGUAACAGCGCUAAGAUCUUUAAACAAAAGAAUAUAUAUAUAACAUGAAUAAGUAGCCAAAAAUAUCACUAAACGUCAUUCAGUGCUAAUACGUGACAGAUAUUAUCAUUAAGGAAUUUUUUCUGUGGUUGGAAAUAAAUCAAGUUUAACAAGAACCCCAUAUAUGUAAACAUACAACAAAAACCUGUUAAGUCUUUGAACUCUUUGAACUCUGAAUAUACCCGCUUUAUUAUUUAAUGUAAUGGUGAUAAUGUAAUGUUUGGAUUAAAGUGUCGGACAAAUGAAUAAAGGUAAAUGCAAUUGUGUGGUUG